CCAUAAUCAUCCUCAGAAACAAAACAACUCUCUCUCUCUCUCUCCACACCUUCCCUUCUUUUUAUCUUCUCGAGUUCUUCUUCCUUCCCCACUCAAUCUCUCUCCCUCUCUGAACACACUCUGCUACAAUUUCUUCCUAUUGUCUCUGUUUAUACAAUUAAACUCUCUCCCUCUCUCUCUAACCAAACAUCUUUCUCUUUCAUCUCUUAUUACGGUCGUUUCCGGAUUUCAAUCUUUUCAAUAUUUCGUCAAUUGUUUCUGAAAAAAAACCUUUACAUUUUUUAAGAAUUCACUGCUUUUUCAUUCAUUCUCUCCAUUAAAUUCUAUAUUAUUUUGGUAAAACACCCAUUGAACUUCAGUUUUCAACAUAAUUCUGAAAAUAUUGUCAACAAAAUACUAAUUUUUACAUCAUCCAAACACGUUCAUCAAGCUGCUUAAAUUUUUAUAGAAAAAUAAAAUAAAAUAAACCUUAAAAGUUAGUUUUGGUAAAAGCGUUAUUUUCGAAAUCCAACCAAUGGACGACAUUUAGAGUACAUCUUUUCUGACUUCUUUUGGCACUUCUCCACAAAAUUAGAAAUUUGAAACGAAAAUGAUGAAUAGAAGAAAAAUUGAGUUGGGGUUGCUGUUGGUUUUGGCGUACGCGCCGUGGUGUAUUUACUCGGAGGAGCAGCUUCUGGUGAAAAUGACUCUGGUUCAAAACACUUCGGUUCUGGAAGCUUAUUGCUUGGAUGGGAGUUUGCCCGCUUAUCAUCUCCACAGAGGAUUCGGCGCUGGAGCACGCAACUGGCUUUUACAGUUCGAGGGCGGUGGGUGGUGUAAUGAUAUCGAAUCAUGUUUGGCGAGAGCCCAAACGCACCGUGGAUCUACGCGUUACAUGAACAAGUUGGAGGUUUUCUCUGGAAUUUUAACUAAUAAUGCCUCUCUAAAUCCAGAUUUUUACAACUGGAACCGUGUGAAGAUCAGAUAUUGUGAUGGGGCUUCUUUUGCUGGAGACGCUACGUUCGAUAAUGGGACAUCAUUGCUUUACUUCAGAGGGCAAAGAAUUUGGAAAGCGAUAAUUCUUGAUCUUCUCCCUAAAGGCUUGCAAAAUGCCAAAAAGGCAUUGCUUUCAGGGUGCUCUGCUGGAGGUUUAGCAUGUUUUUUGCACUGCGACAACUUUACCAGUUAUCUACCAUUGAAUGCUAGUGUGAAAUGCUUAAGUGAUGCUGGAUUUUUUUUAGAUGUAAGAGACAUAAGUUUGAAUCACACUAUUAGAUCCUUCUAUAGCGAUCUUAUUUCUUUACAGGGUGUAGAACAAAAUCUAGACAAAAAUUGCACAGGUUCUCUUUAUUGUCCAAAACAAUGUUUCUUUCCGCAGUAUGCGUUAAAAUACAUCAGGACACCAUUUUUCAUCUUAAACUCAGCAUAUGAUGUGUACCAAUUCCAUCACAUAUUGGUGCCACCUUCUGCUGAUUUGAGUGGGCAUUGGAAUCAUUGUAAGCUUAAUCCGGCGGCAUGUAAUACAAACCAGACAAAUAUCUUGCAAGGGUUCCGGAAAGAUAUGCUUGCAGCUUUGAGUUUAUUUUUUAAAUACUCAAAAAGAGGAGGGAUGUUCAUAAACUCAUGUUUUGCGCAUUGCCAAAGUGAGUCACAAGAUACAUGGCUAACAUCAGACUCCCCUAGAGUGCACAAUAAG